AUGGUCGAAAAUCAGCUCCCUCGUCCGAUCCCGUUGGAGACGUUUAGCUUUGAGUCGGCAGUGGUGGCCGAGUCAUCAUCGACAGCGGCCAUCGCCACGGGGGCGAUUGCCCACCGCCAUAAACACUCGUCUAUCAACACUCAAACAGAUGAGGUGCUGUCCUCGGAAUUGAUGUAUGGCAAGGAGAAGGACCCGGCCAAUUUCCCCGACGGCGGCGUGCUGGCGUACCUGGUAUUGUUCGGGUCGUUUUGUGGCUUGUUCACCGCAUUUGGCGUGGCUAAUUCCGCAGGUCCCAUCGAGUCGUACAUCAAAAGCCACCAGUUGGCAGGCGUCGACCAGACGCUGAUCUCAUGGGUGUUCUCGUUACACAUGGCCAUCUUAUAUUUUGGUGGGGUGGUCUUUGGCCCCAUGUUCGAUAGGUUUGGCGCUAGAUUACCGUUAUUUAUUGGCCUGGUGCUCACCACGGGGGGUCUCUUGCUGUUGGCUCAGCUGACCAAAUUAGUCCAUUUCAUCAUGUCCUACGGGGUGUGUACUGCCCUUGGGUGUCUGAUUAUGAUGCUGCCGACGGUAGGAGCCAUCUCUCAUUGGUUUCUUCGAAAACGGGCAAUGGCAUCAUCGGUGGCCACCAUGGGAGGCUUGGUAGCGGGGGCAGUGUUCUGUGCCACCUUACCUAAACUCUACGAGACUAUCGGCUACGCCUGGGCCAUCAGAACCAUCGCCUUAAUCUGCUGUGGCAGUCUGAUCCUCUCAGUGAUCUUUUGUAAAGAAAGAGUGUUAAUGACUCCCUCGGAAAACCAACCACCACAAUCAAGACUUAAGCUGUUCCUCAACUUUGUUCGCAACUUAUUGGACUUGUCGUUACUCACAAACAAGCAGUUCUUGUUCCUCGCCGCCGCCUCGGGGCUCGCCGAAAUCGUGUGUAUGCUGACGCUCACCUACUUGUCUUCGUACGCCAUCAACCACGGCGUGUCGUUUUCUGCCGCCAGUUUGUUGAUUACCAUCGUCACCGUGAGUGGCAUUCCUGCCCGGAUAGUCUCAGGGUGGAUGGCGGAUCGGUGGGGCCGGUUCAAUAUGAUGUUGGCCAACGCGAUCCUUUCGACGCUCGUCAUCUUCGCUCUCUGGUUCCCAGCCAAGGGUUCGGUGGCGUUUCUCUAUGUGUUUGGCGUGUUCUUCGGGAUAUUCUCCUCGGCAGUAGUGCUGCUUAUCCCCGCCUGUGCUGGGCAGAUUUGCAGCGCCGACAACUUCGGGAAAGUGUACGGCACCUUAUACUUUGUGUUGGCGUUUGUCAUCAUGGUGGGGAUGUACUUGGCGUCGGUGGUAAUCAGCUAUGGCUCCGAGAUCGACUACGGUCAUUUGGUGUUGUAUGAGGGUGGCAUCAGUGCUGGCUCUGCCGUGGCGUGGUUGCUUGCCCGCUGGCUGGUGGUGGGCUGGAACUGGUGCAAGUUUUAG